CCGCCGACAGUUUUCGGCACAAGACGACCGCCCUACGUCCCUCUCUCCAAUUGUAGAACUGUCUGCUUCAUCUAUAUUCUGUUUUUUUUUUAUAAUAGCACAUCAAAUCCACUACCUCUGUCCGUCCGUUCAAGAUGGGCUGCGCACUCUCAUCCGUCCCGUCACUAUGCCGUAAACUUACCAGCAACCAACUUCGUCCCAAGGAAGCGGUCAAACUCAAUCCAGCGACGUUUGAUCAGAAUUUUGAUACAUUUCCAAGACUCCCAUACGAACUUCGACGACAGAUAUGGAUUGAAUGUCUGUUACAGGAGAGUCCGCGAGUGUACGCUCUACAAUUUGACAUCGCUCUUACGGAUGAAGACAACGACACCGACAUGUAUAAGCGGCCCACAGAUGUCAAAUUUGCCCCUGCGAUACCGGUCAAUUAUGGCGAAAACGAACUACGCAACCUCGUCACUGCCACCGAUGCAAGUCGCAGGAUUGGUUCAACUUGCCGAGAAGCCAGAGACGCCACAGCCUUCAUUCUACCAGACGUGUUCGAGAUGAAAGCCAACUCGAGACAGUGGGCGGGAUAUUCUCAAAAACCACACAUAUUGACUGGAAGUUUUCGAUUCAACGCAAAGCGAGACAUAAUCGGAGUAGUUCACGCUUAUAGCGAGGAACUAAGGUUUGUUCGGACAUGGGCACGACGAGGCCACAUACUUCCGAACGCCCAGAUCAUUCGACACUUAGCGCUCGACACAUGCAUGACUGAAGAUUCACGCUUUCAUGUCAUUUGGUUGAAAUGCCAUUGUGGAAAGCCAGAUUGUGUCGUCUGCUCUAGGGACCCAUUGCUACAGUUUUUAAGACUGUUUCCGAACCUGAUGUCAUUUCAUAUCUUGCAAUACUCUACCACCUGCAUGGCAGAUGAACGGAGUUCCGAGGUGGACGUGGAACCAGUGAGCUUAUGCGAUUGUAAUAAUAGUGGAAAAGGGAUCGAUCACGACUGGCCCAUCUUCAGGGGCAUGCCUGAUAACUCGUAUUUCGUCUCCUACACAGAAGACGGUGGUUGCUCGUAUCCCGAGCUACCGCGACUGGCAUAUGAUAGAAACCCAUGGGGUUCGCGAUGGCCAUAUUAUGAUACGCUGAAGGAUUUCGACAUUCAAAUACUCAGGCGCGUGAAAUUAAGCGGAACAUGAUCAACAGUAGCCCCUUCUCGGUUCCCAAAUGGUCUUACGUCUAGAACACAUCAAAAUGUCAAUGAAUUUGUGAGCUUUCGCAGAGCCUUCGCCGCU